AUGGCUGAAGUUGGAUUGAUAGGGCUGGGCGUGAUGGGAUACAGCCUGGCACUGAACAUUGCAUCUAAAUGCCACAAGCUGCAUGUCUUCAACAGGACAUCAUCGAAGACAAAAAGGCUUGUUGGUGAAGACCUACGAAUUAUUGCACACUAUUCGGUCCAGGACCUUGUGCAGGGGAUCAGCGAGUCGCCAAGAAUCAUUAUUCUGAUGGUGACGUCUGGCGAUGCAACAGAUGAGUUUCUUGAUGAGCUUGAUAAGUACCUUGGGCCAGGCGAUGUUGUGAUUGAUGGAGGAAAUUCGGCAUUCAAGGACACAAUUAGAAGAGGCACACAUAGGUUUGGGUUUGUUGGGUGUGGGAUUUCUGGAGGAGAGACGGGAGCCAGGAAUGGGCCUUCGAUUAUGGCUGGAUGCAAAAGACAGGUAUGGGAUGUGGUUGGAGGCUUUCUUUGCACGAUAUCUGCGGUUGGAGCAGCCACAGGCAAGCCUUGCUGCAAGUGGCUGGGGAAUGACGGUGCCGGCCACUAUGUAAAAAUGGUGCACAAUGGAAUUGAGUAUGCAGACAUGGGGAUUCUGUCUGAGAUGUUAUUGGUGCUGAAGUCUCUUGGGUAUUCGAAUGAGGAGAUGUCUAGAUUGUUUGGAGAGUGGAACGAUGGAGAGCUUGAGAGCUAUCUUGUUAAGAUAUGCUCGUUGAUUGUGAAGGCAAGGAAUGGUAAAGGAUGGAUUAUUGACCAGAUUGUGGAUGAGUCAGGGCAGAAAGGAACAGGAAUAGAGGCUGUUGUAUCUGCGAUGGAAACGGGAACACCAGCGGUUAGUAUAAUGGAAGCUGUAGGGUCUAGGAUGGUAUCACAUGCAAGAGACGCAAGGCAGGAGUUCGGCACGAUGAUGAUGAAUGGCAGUGACGAUGUACAGAUGAGGGGAGAUGGCUGUAUAAAUACGAAUGCAUGCAAAGAUGCGUUGGAUAAAGAAGCGAUGAGGAGAUGUGUGUAUUUGGCAAGAAUGGUGUCGCAUGUGCAAGGAUUUGGGAUGCUGAUGAAGGCAAGAGCAAAGUAUGGAUGGGAGUACACGGUUGCAGACAUAUGUGAUGUGUGGAGUAGUGGAUGCAUACUGAGAGGAAGGAUUCUUGAUACAAUCAAAGAAAUGGGAGAAGGAACAAAUGGGAUGAUGGAGCUGAAUGGUAAGUAUGUGUCAGUGUGUAGUGAAUAUUUGAAUGAUCUGCGGAAGGUGGUGAUGUAUGGGAUUGAGAAUGAAGUGCCGAUGCCUGUGACAUCAUCAUGCCUGGAGUAUGUUUAUGGGAUGAAGAAAGUAGAGGGGGCAGGAAGUAUGAUCCAAGCAAUGAGGGAUUAUUUCGGAGCGCAUCAGGUGCUGCUGAAAGGAGAAAGUGAGUAUGUGCAUAUUGAUUGGGAUGGUGAGGAUGCAAGAUAG